UCAAAAAUUCUAUUCGAAAGGAAAUGAGAUGCAGUUAUUACAGAUUGAAAAGCUUUGAAAGUUAUGUUCAGGAAGUUGGAAGAGAUGGAAAGGAUGCUCAUUGUCAUGUGUUUCUUGAUUCGAAAGGAAAUGAUUUAUGUGAAUUGAGACGUCACAUUUACUCAAACUUGAUUGAUCGUCAUGUUAUUCGAAAACUGUUAAGAAAAGUCUUCGUUCCAUGUUCAUGUUCUCAAUCGCAAACUCGUUCGAAUCAAAAGUCGAGAUGUUGUCCAGGUCAUAAAGUUUGCUUCUCGAUUGAUCAAACAGUUCAAUUGUUGGAUAUUCCGCUUGUUAUUUGGAACUUCAUGAACAAUGUUACAUCAAAGUUUUAAGUAACGCGUACACAACUUGCAAAAUCAUUUCAUAUGACGCUCCUAAAUAUUUGAAACAAAUUGCAAAAACAUCUCCACCACUUGCCAUGGCCAUUGCGAUUCAUUUGAAGACGAAAGAAGCAUUUGACGAUGAGCGAGACAUCGAUUGAAUUUUCGGUAGUUGAUGUUGCUGCUGCAAUUUGUUGGGACAGCGGCGUUGUGAAAUAUCGAUUGAAGCAAUUAGAAUGGACGGUCGUUAAAGGAGCUUCAAAGCGAUCGUCAAUCACUGUCACUUUCUCAGAUUUAGGAUUUGGAAUACGUUCACCUGGUGAUUUAACUGACGAGGAACUUGAUUCUGUACUCGACUCAUUAGAAAAGCGAACAUCAUCACAAGAAAAAACUCAAUUAAUUCAAGUGAGUGCAUUUAUUUAACUUCAAAUUUUUUCAAUUCUUUAGCAUCUUUAGCGUUUUCACAUUAUAGACAAUGUUCAACAAACAACUUUCCAAUCGAUUCAUCUGAAAAAUUAAAACUUUUAAUUCGCAAUUACUUUCAAACUAAUCUUCCAAUGAUGUUUAUGUCGAGGAGGAAGAAGAUACAACACCAGAUAGUGAAAUAAUUUCAGACAUUCAUAAAAUGAUUUUUAUGUAUCCUGAAAAUGUUUUUAGUGGUCGUGCAUUGGCUCGUUUAUUCCAUGGCAUUUCAAGUCCAUGUUAUCCCGCAGUCAUUUGGGGACGAUGCAAAUAUUGGCGUGCACACAUGAAUCUGAGUUUCUAGAGAUUAGUCAACAUUGGAAAUUCAGAGCUUGUGAAAAUGCGGAUGACAAAUUGAAUGUAAAAAUCUCAACUUUCAUUGCAAUUUAAUUCUAAAUAAAUAAUAAAGAUGUUAACAUUUUCUGCUUAAAACUUAUAUUUUAUUAUUUUUAGCCAAUAGUUUUUAAUUUCAUCAUAAUCAUUAGGAUUAUUUUUUUAAUAAAUUCAGGAAUUUACUUAGCUAAUUAAAAUCAAA